CUCGGUUGCCAUGGCGACAUAUGCCACAGCAAUCCGGGGCCAGCAGCUGCUGCUGGUACUGAGUGUUCUAGGACUCUUGGCCAAAGAUGCGCCGCAACCCCCCAACAUAGUGCUGCUGCUCAUGGACGAUAUGGGGUGGGGUGACCUAGGUGUGUAUGGAGAACCUUCCAGAGAGACCCCAAAUUUGGACCGGAUGGCUGCAGAAGGGGUGCUUUUCCCUAACUUCUAUUCUGCCAACCCUUUGUGCUCACCAUCCAGGGCAGCCCUGCUCACGGGACGGCUGCCCAUCCGCAAUGGCUUCUACACAACCAACUCACACGCAAGGAAUGCUUACACACCGCAGGAGAUCAUGGGCGGCAUCCCUGACUCAGAACACCUCCUGCCUGAGCUCCUGAAGAAGGCGGGCUAUACCAACAAGCUUGUGGGCAAGUGGCAUCUGGGUCACAGACCCCAGUUCCACCCCCUGAAACAUGGAUUUGAUGAGUGGUUUGGAUCCCCCAACUGUCACUUUGGACCUUACGACAACAAGGUCAAGCCCAACAUCCCCGUGUACAGGGACUGGGAGAUGGUCGGCAGAUUUUAUGAGGAAUUCCCAAUUAACCUGAAGACUGGGGAAGCUAACCUCACCCAGCUCUACUUACAGGAAGCUCUGGACUUCAUUCGGACACAGCAUAAAAGGCAGAACCCCUUUUUCCUCUACUGGGCCAUCGACGCCACUCAUGCACCAGUUUAUGCCUCAAGACCCUUCUUGGGUACCAGCCGUCGAGGCCGGUAUGGCGAUGCUGUCCGGGAAAUAGAUGACAGUGUUGGGAAGAUGCUGAGCCUUCUACAGAACUUGGGCAUCAGUACGAACACAUUUGUCUUUUUCACCUCUGAUAACGGGGCAGCCCUCAUUUCCGCUCCCAGAGAAGGUGGCAGCAACGGUCCCUUCCUGUGUGGGAAGCAGACUACAUUUGAAGGUGGGAUGAGAGAACCUGCGAUUGCAUGGUGGCCAGGGCACAUUGCUGCAGGCCAGGUCAGUCACCAGCUGGGGAGCGUUGACUCGUGUACCACAAGCCUGUCCUUGCGAGCCUGACUCACCCGGUUUGACAGGGUAAUCGACGGACUUGACCUUCUUCCCACCAUGCUCCAGGGCCAGAUGAUGGACAGGUUGUUGCCAGACAAUAUGUUUCACCCCUUGUCCUGCCUCCCUUGCCCCUACUCCUCGUGAGAGGGCCCAGAGCUAUAACUUCCUGCACAGGCUGUAACAUUCUCACUGGACAGCUAUGACCCGUGUGGAAGGACGCAG